GUCGAACAUUGAAUAUUUGUCUAUAAAAUGGAGAGAGAAGCGAAAAGGCUCAUAAAGCGCUGUAAACUGAACACUAAGAACAUGAUUCAGCCUCCGUUACUAGCGGAACUAAUCGCCACCCAACUGACUGAGGAGUUGAUGGACAAAUUCAAGGUCAAUCAAAUGAAACGGCAGCAGUUGCGGGACUUUCAAACUGAGUUUACGAAAAAUACGAAACUUAAGGAGUUCAAGCACCGCUUGGUGCCUCUGUAUCCAGGAGUACCCCAUUUCGACGAUUCCCACAAAAAAAUUCGUGGAUUUGCCAACCUGGGCCCUACCACGGAGAUGUCAUUAUUUCAGGAAUCGGCUAUCAAAAAAAGGAUAUGUGCGAGAGGACUCGAAACGAAGUAUACGUCUUCCAUCGAUAGAAUAAUGUCAGAAACUCGUGAUGAAUUUAUCAGGAUAACUCAUGACGCCGGGGUCAAUUUAAAAACGAAACCACUAGAUCUUUGCAGUGAACGAUUUCGGCCAGCACCUUACAAGUAUAUGGGCAAAACGGAAAACUACCCAGUAUACCUCUGGCUUCGCAAAGAAUUUCAAAAUAAAUACAUGUUGCACCAACCGCUUGUUCACCGAGUUGUUCAAGAAUGCUGUAUGCUACCAGACACAUUGUUCAAUAUAGGGGUUUUGAGAAACAAACCUUACGAUAUUAAAGAACUAGAUGACACUUUCGGACACUUUGUUGCAGACGCCGAAAAUAUUCUUCGAAAAUUCUACUACAGAGUUUCUGAGAUGGUUGAAGAAGAUGAUACAAAGUUGGAACCGUUAGCUUAUCAGCGACUAUUGCGAGUGUGUACUGGUCUACUUUCAGUGUAUAUGGGCAAGGCAAUAGAGCAUACCAUCGACCACAUCGUCGAAGUGACUGGGUCAGAAACACUGGUGCCUUACUUGAAAUUGUCUCUAAAAUACAGCGAAAACUUAGUUCUUCAUCCCAACGAACAAGACGUUAAUUUGAUUUACUCAUUGUUCAUAAUAAAUCUCAUUGACAUCGGACAGAAAUUCAACGUUCUGGAAAUGCUUCGGAUCAAAGAUUAUCCUGAAACAUUCAUUCACGCCAAUAUAACUGACGAAUAUGUUUCUGAAUCACUAGAAAAACUGAUGGAAAAUAUAAUGACGAUGUUUAUCCCUGUAGAGGAGUACCUCAGCAACUUGGACGAAGAUUUUAAAGAGAUAUAUCAAACCAUCAGUCUCACUAGCUGUGGACCUAGUGCUUUCGAUAAUGGCUGCCUUCAAAUAGAGCACUAUCAGGAUUACAUCAGCAAGGCUAGCUCUAUGUUGAGCAGUGAGUAUUUUGCUAUCGGACAGCUAAUUUUGUCGGAAUAUGUACUUUCCAUGAAGGAAUCGCUGUCGGUUAUCAUAGAGGAAAUAUUCACUAAGUUGUGCGAUAUUCAUAUUCAGGAGAAUGAGAAUAUUUGCGAAUGUUUUGAGAAAGUUAAGGAGGAAGCUAUGCAUAAGCCUGCCACUAGCGAGGAACUGAUUGAGCAGGGUAAAUAUAUGAUAUGGAUCAGAACUGUUCACCUCCAAAAUCUCCGUGAAAGGAUCCAACAAAUGCUGUACGAUUUAACUCGCCUUAUAGAAUAUGGCACGGUGCUACAAGAUCAUAUGGAUUUGAAUACAAAAACUGUCCAUUGGUUAACGGAUAUUGAUGCUGCUCUUGAUUACAAUGCUAGUAUGUACGAACAACUCAAGUUUGAGUAUGAAGAAAAAUUGCAGAAAACCAUCGCCCAUGUUAAUGGAUCAAUCGUCAUUUUGGUUCCUUUGUUGGGUGUUUUGGAUGACAUGGAUGAUUUCUCUAGGGCAAGAGAAUAUGUAAAUCAAAUCAAACCUUACAUGGUAGAGCUCAGAGAACUCCGAAGAGCUAUAACGUGGAUAAACCAAGAACAACGCUGUCUCGGUUUCAAUGUUACGCCUUUCAAGAACGUGGAAGAUGUUGAAAAUUAUUUGUACCCUUUCUUCCAUUUGUUGAAAGUUUGCUUGAAUAUACAGAGACACAGAGACGUUUGGCUUGACGGCCAGUUUGAGUUUUUGAAUUUCGAUGAGACCGAAGGAAUAGUUGAGGAAUAUAUGAAGGACUUGCUGAAGAUACAGAAGACAUAUCGAAUUAAAUUGAGACAAGCUCAAGCGGAAAAUAGUCCACUUCGCUUUUUUGGAACUGUCGAUGAUCCUGAUUUAUUCAGUUGGCCAUCUCCUCUGAAAUUGACUGCUCUUGCUAUUCAAACACUUAAAGAUUUCAGGCCGGCUAUGACAAUCAUGAGAAUAAUGUGUAAUGAUGCACUUAUGAAGAGACAUUGGAAAGACAUGUCAGCGAUUGCUGGAUUUGAUUUGACUCCCAAUGCUGGCUCUUCUUUGAAGAAACUCACUAAGAUGGGCCUUGAGGCAGAUCUUGACAAAUAUGAUGUCAUAAGUUCAGGAGCAACGAAAGAGAGAGAAUUAUUAAGAAACCUCACUAAAAUGCAAGGCGAGUGGACCGACAUCCUUUUCAAAACUGGCCUUUUCAAAGAGACCGGCAUAACUAUUUUAACCGCUCUGGAUGAUAUUCAAGUUGUUCUUGACGAUCAUAUUCUGAAAGCUCUCACGAUGAGGGGUUCGAUUUUCGUAAAGCCCUACGAAACGGAAGUACGUGGAUUUUACAAUAAAUUAGUCAGGAUAAACAAAACUCUGGAGGAAUGGGGAAAAGUUCAAAGCCAGUGGUUGUAUCUGUUGCCAAUAUUUUCAUCAAAAGAUAUUGUUGCUCAGAUGCCUGAAGAGGGAAACCUUUUCAAAGAGGUGAACGAUACCUACAAAAGAUACAUUGAUGUGGUUGUCAGAGAUCCGAGAGUUUUCGAAAUCGCUGGAGCAUCAGGCGUUCUGGAAACGAUGGAACAUUGCGUUGAAUUAUUGGAAAAAAUCAACGAUGGCGUUACCAGUUAUUUGGAGAAGAAAAGAUUAUUUUUUCCACGAUUUUUCUUUUUAUCCAACGACGAGAUGUUAGAGAUACUAUCUGAAACGAAAGAUCCACUCAGAGUUCAGCCGCACUUGAAGAAGUGCUUUGAAGCUAUCAAUUUACUGAAUUUCAAUGAGAAGUUAGAGAUUUUGGCCAUGUUCAGUCAGGAAGGGGAAAAGGUUAAUUUCAGGAGUAUGGUUAAUACCAAAGAGGCUGGAGGAAGUGUUGAAAAAUGGUUGAUUCAGGUUGAAGAUCAGAUGGUUAUAUCUGUAAGAGAUCAGAUUCUUAAAAGUUUCAAAAGCUACUUGGUAACGUCAAGAAAUCAGUGGGUUCAAAAAUGGCCUGGCCAAGUAGUGCUGUGCGUAUCCCAAAUGCAUUGGACUCAUAAUGUUCACUUGGCAUUGAAUAGAGAAGACGGGAUGACACUGCACAUUCUGUUCGAUACAUUGAGGACACAGCUUCAAGAUAUUGUUGGUUUGAUUAGAGAUCCAACUUUGACGAAUCUAUCAAGAAUAACCAUUAAAGCUUUGAUUGUAAUUGAUGUUCAUGCCAAAGAUGUGGUAGAAGAGUUGCUUUCAAAAAAAGUAGGUAGUGAUAAAGAAUUCAAGUGGCUUUCUCAGAUGAGAUACUACCUGGAAGAUGAUGAAGCUCUUGUCAGGCUGAUAAAUGCGACCGUCAAAUAUGCUUACGAAUAUUUGGUUUAUGAUUUGGAUUUCAACAGAAUCGACAUCGAGGUGCUUUCCGUAGUAGCCCAACAGAUACUUUCAAUAGUCCAAGCCGUGAGGGCCCAUGCGGUGAAAUUCAACUUCGAAGGAACAGAAAUAUCACUCAACCCCGCCUGCUAUGUUUGUAUCACCAUGAAUCCGGGAUACGCCGGUAGAAGCGAGUUGCCUGAUAACUUGAAAGUACUCUUUAGGACCGUCGCCAUGAUGGUACCGGAUUACGCCAUGAUAGGAGAAAUUUCCUUAUAUUCGUAUGGGUUUGUCGAUGCCAGAAAUUUGUCUGUCAAGAUUGUCACAGUUUACAGACUUUGCUCAGAGCAGCUUUCGUCUCAGAAUCAUUACGAUUACGGAAUGCGGGCGGUCAAGUCUGUUCUGUCUGCUGCUGGAAACAAUAAAAGAAAAUACCCUAAUGAAGACGAGGAUAUUCUCCUGCUUCGCGCUAUUUUGGAUGUUAACCUUCCCAAAUUUCUGAAUCAUGACCUACCUUUAUUUGAUGGAAUUAUUAGCGAUUUGUUUCCUGGGGUAGUUUUGCCUCAAGCAGAUUAUACAAACUUGACGGAAGCCAUGAUCAUAUGUAGCGAGAAAAGGAAAUUGCAACCCAAAGACUCUUUCCUUGUCAAAAUUAUCCAGACGUACGAAAUGAUGAUAGUUAGACAUGGGUUCAUGUUGGUGGGAUAUCCUUUUGCCGGAAAAACUUCAACUUUGAAAGUUUUAGCUGAUAUUUUGACACUGAUGAACAAAAAAGGACUUGGUGAAGAGAAAGUUCAAUACCUGAUCCUAAAUCCUAAGGCGAUAACAAUGGGUCAACUUUACGGUCAGUUCGAUCCAAUUUCUUACGAGUGGUUCGACGGAGUUGUAGCGACUGGUUUCAGAAACUUCGCUACUGAUCCUUGUCCUGAUAGGAAAUGGAUUAUUUUUGAUGGACCGGUUGAUGCGGUGUGGAUAGAAAAUAUGAAUAGCGUUCUGGAUGACAAUAAGAAGUUGUGUUUGAUGUCUGGUGAAGUUAUGUCAAUGACUAACUCUAUGUCGCUUAUAUUCGAGGUUAUGGACUUGGAGCAAGCAUCUCCAGCAACUGUAUCGAGAUGUGGUAUGGUGUACAUGGAACCAGCCACUCUUGGUUGGUUACCCUUCAUUCAGUCUUGGAUUCCAACUUGCAAUCCUCUCUGGUGUGGCGAAAGAAAAGAAUACAUCUUAGAUCUGAUCAACUGGGUGAUACCACCUAGCCUCAUAUUCAUCCGAAAGAAUUGUGUGCAGUACUGCACUCCGGGCGAAAUAAGUUUGGUGAAGAACAUGAUGAAUAUGAUCGAGAUGCUUUUAGACGAUGCCUGUGCAGGAAGUACUAAAAAAGAAGAAGAAGCGAAAUAUAUGGAAGUAUGGAUUCAAGCUACGUUUCUUCAAGCUGGUGUAUGGGGACUUGGGUCUAUUCUCGACACGGACUCUAGGGAAAAAUUCGACGACUUCUACAAGCAGCUGUGGAAAGGUCUUCUGGAAGAUUUUCCUUACCCUGAAUCCUUGGAGAAACUUGAAGUUAGUAUUCCGACGGAAGGACUCUUGUUCGAUUACGCAUACAAUUACAAGAUGAAGGGUAAUUGGAAAUUUUGGCCGGAAUUGGUCAGAAAUGAAAGGGUAGACGAAUGUAAAAAUAUUCUUCAAGCUCUUAUACCAACAGUGGACACAGCCAGAUAUAUGGCUUUAGUAGACAUGCAUAUCCGAUACAAUAAACCUAUACUUCUGAUGGGACCUACCGGAACAGGGAAAAGUUUCUACAUCCAAGACUUAUUGAUGAAUCAACUGGAUCAAGAGAAAUACGAGCCAGCUUUCAUCACUUUCACUGUUCAAAUCUCAGCAAACCAGACUCAAGAUCUUGUCAUUUCGAAGUUGAAUAAGAGGAAACGGAAUCAUUAUGGGCCCCCUAAAGGAAAAACUACUAUUUUGUUCAUAGACGACGUGAACAUGCCACUGAAGGAACAGUAUGGAGCGCAGCCUCCAAUUGAGCUUCUGAGACAGUAUUUUGAUCACAAGAAUUG